CAAUUUGGGGAAUAAUAUUGCUUUUACUCUACAUUUCUAAUUCCCCAUAAUUCCAUUCAAUCCCGCUCCUGAUUCCCCUUACUUCCUACUUUCUUACCCAUUUUGUCCAGCAGUAGGCAGCCCCUUCAUCCCAACAACUCCACCUUCAUCCUUUACUGGCCCACCAUCAACCUCCCGCGUGCUGCACUCAGUAUCAAACCAUAUAGCAUUCUGAUCCCGACGUUAAGAAACCGUGAAAUAAUGAGAGAACAAGAUGGAGAUAACACAGAAAAGGUAAGUCCAGGAGAUGUUGUUGGUAAGGCUAUUGAACUUAUACCUGGUAAAGGUACUUACCUUGCUGCUGAUUCCGCUGGCAAUAAACUCAUUUACGCUUCUCUUACUGGCUGCCUCACCCUUUCUCCUCAUUCUCAAGAUAAGAGGUCAGUUGCGGAGGUAACCGGUCAUAAAGCGCAUGGUGCGGUCCCUGAACCUGGUUGUACAGUCCUUGCCCGAGUCAAAAAGGUGAUGGCUAAAAUGGCUUCAGCAGAUAUCAUGUGUGUUGGCAGCAAGUCUGUCAGAGAAAAGUUCACAGGCAUAAUCAGGCAGCAGGAUGUAAGAGCAACUGAGAUUGACAAGGUUGAUAUGCAUGCUUCAUUCCGAGCCGGUGAUAUUGUCAGGGCAGUAGUUCUAUCCUUGGGAGAUGCAAGGGCAUAUUACUUGUCAACAGCAAAGAAUGAGUUGGGUGUUGUAUCCGCCGAAAGCACUGCAGGUGAGACAAUGAUACCAAUUAGUUGGACAGAGAUGCAAUGUCCUAUAACAGGCCAAAUUGAGCAGAGAAAAGUUGCUAAGGUUGGAAACUGAGGUCGAUAUGUUUCAAGCCAUCCGGAUAUUUUGUGAUGUAAUUUUUUGUACUUGAAUUAUGUUGAUGUAAUCAACUAAUCAUGAACGUUAUGUUUUCUAUGAUAAUCAUGAAUUUCCUAGUUUUAAUUGAAGGAUUGGAAUAUAUGUAUAGACAAAUACAUUAUCUUAGCAAAAUUAAUUGAUUUUAAAAGCUAAAAA